CCGGCUCUGGGCUCUGAAGGGAGUUGUAACCGGUUGGUGGAGGGAGGCGGAGGCGGUGGUGUUGGCGGAAGAGGUUCGGCGGCUGAUGGCGGCUCUGGCUUGGAAACCUGUGUAGCAUUCCCUCAAGGCCCGGGAGCCCUUCACUGGAUUCAUAAUGACAUCCUUUCAAGAAGUCCCACUGCAGACUUCCAAUUUUGCCCAUGUCAUCUUUCAAAAUGUGGCUAAGAGUUACCUUCCUAAUGCACACCUGGAAUGUCAUUAUACUUUAACUCCAUAUAUCCAUCCACAUGCAAAAGACUGGGUUGGUAUAUUCAAGGUUGGAUGGAGUACUGCUCGUGAUUAUUAUACAUUUUUAUGGUCCCCUAUGCCUGAACAUUAUGUAGAAGGAUCAACAGUCAAUUGUGUAUUAGCAUUUCAAGGAUAUUACCUUCCAAAUGAUGAUGGAGAAUUUUAUCAGUUCUGUUACGUUACACACAAGGGUGAAAUUCGUGGAGCAAGUACACCUUUCCAGUUUCGAGCUUCUUCUCCAGUUGAAGAUUUGCUUACUAUGGAAGAUGAGGGAAGUUCUGACAUGUUGGUGGUGACCACAAAAGCUGGCCUUCUUGAGUUGAAAAUUGAGAAAACUAUGAAAGAAAAAGAAGAAUUGUUAAAGGUAGUUUCUGUUCUGGAAAAAGAAACAGUGCAACUUCGAGAUCAAGUUGGAAGAAUGGAAAGAGAACUUAACCAUGAGAAAGAAAGAUGUGAACACCUACAAACAGAGCAAAAGGGUCUUACUGAAGUAUCACAAAAUUUAAAAGUGGAAAAUGAAGAAUUUAAAAAGCGAUACAGUGAUGCUACAUCUAAAGCUCUCCAGCUUGAGGAAGAUAUUGUGUCAGUGACUCAUAAAGCAAUUGAAAAAGAAACUGAACUAGACAGUUUAAAGGACAAACUCAGAAAGGCAGAAUAUGAAAGAGAACAGCUUGAGUGUCAGUUGAAAACUGAAAAGGAUGAGAAGGAACUUUAUAAGGUACAUUUGAAGAAUACAGAAAUAGAAAAUACUAAACUUGUGUCAGAGGUCCAGACUUUAAAAAAUUUAGAUGGAAACAAAGAAAACAUGAUUGUUCAUUUCAAAGAAGAGGUUGGCAGACUUCAGUUGUGCUUGGCUGAGAAGGAAAACAUGCAGAGGGCUUUCCUGCUUACAGCCUCAAAUAAAGAAGAUACAUUCUUGUUAAAAGAGCAACUUCGUAAAGCAGAGGAACAAGUUCAGGCAACUCGUCAAGAAGUUGCCUUUUUGGCUAAAGAACUUAGUGAUGCUGUGAAUGUGCGAGAUAAAACAAUGGCAGAUUUACAUACUGUGCGUGUGGAAAAUGAGAAAGUGAAAAAGCAGUUAGCUGAUGCACUGGCAGAACUUAAACUAACUGCUGUGAAAAAAGAUCAGAAAAAGACUGAUACAGUGGAACAUGAACUUAGAAGAGAAAUUGAAGAUCUGAAACUCCGUCUUCAGAUGGCUGCAGAUCAUUAUAAAGAAAAAUUUAAAGAAUGCCAGAGGCUCCAAAAACAAGUAAACAAACUUACAGAGCAAUCAGCCAAUAAUAAUAGUGUCUGCACAAAGAAAGUUGGGAAUCAACAGAAAGUGAAUGAUGCUUCAAUAAACAUAGAGUCAUCUGCUUCUGCUUCUGCUUCUGCUAUUGAUAUAAAGCCACCAAUACCUUCUGCAGCAGAGACAAAUUUUGACGUGCUAACGAAGAGUCAAGUCUGUGAAAUGACCAAAGAAAUUGCUGACAAAACUGAAAAAUAUAAUAAAUGCAAACAGCUCUUACAGGAUGAGAAAACUAAAUGCAGUAAAUAUGCUGAUGAAAUUGCAAAAAUGGAACUGAAAUGGAAAGAAAUUUCUGAAAAUGUAAAACUCGAAUUAGCUGAAAUAGAAGACAAUUAUAAACUUCGGUUGGCAGAGAAAGACAAAGAAAUAAAUAUUCUGACUUUACAGUUGGAAAGCCUCUCCAGGGAUAAGGAACUUAAAAGGGGUGUAGAAAACCAAACAGAGAGGAAAAUGGAAGGCCAUAAUCUUCAGCAGGUCUCACAGGAACUCAGUGCAUGCUCAGAGCCAAAUGGACACAUUAUGUUGUCAAGUGCACAGCCAGCUCUGCAGUACGGUAACCCUUAUGCCACACAGGAAACAAGAGAUGGAGCAGAUGGUGCCUUUUACCCAGAUGAAAUCCAGAGGCCACCUGUGAGAGUCCCCUCUUGGGAAGAUAAUGUUGUCUGCAGCCAGCCUGCUCGAAACCUCAGUCGGCCUGAUGGUUUAGAGGACCCCGAUGAUAGCAAAGAAGAUGAAAAUGUGCCCACUCCCCCGGGUCCAUCAAGCCAGCACUUACGUGGGCAUGGAGCAGGCUUUUGCUUUGACUCCAGCUUUGAUGUUCACAAGAAGUGUCCCUUGUGUGAGUUAAUGUUCCCUCCCAACUAUGAUCAGAGCAAAUUUGAAGAACACGUGGAAAGUCACUGGAAGGUGUGCCCCAUGUGCAGUGAGCAGUUCCCUCCUGACUAUGACCAGCAGGGGUUUGAAAGGCAUGUUCAGACCCAUUUUGAUCAGAAUGUUCUAAACUUUGACUAGUUACUUUUUAUUGAGUUAAUACAUGUUAGCAGUUUAAAAAAAUAUCACCUCAGAUAGACCACUAAGUUGUCAUGCACCACUACAGCACUUUUCUAAGAGCUACUUUGAUUUUGGUGUUACUAGGGUCAGGAUCAGUCUUUGGCUUAUCAAUAAAUAUAAUUUUAGCCUCUGUUAAUCUUACUUGCUUUAAGAAAAGUUCUUUUGUGUUUCUAUCUUUAUUUAUUCCCCAGUUUGCAAAAUUGUAUGAAUAAAGGAUAGGAGAAUUAUUUUAAUGUUACUACACUGAAAAUAAAUGUAAUAGUGUGCUAGAUUAUUUAGCAGAGUAUUUACAAGUUUCUGUUGAUCAUGUUGAUUGAGCAUGACUACUAAAUAUUAUGUAAUAAAAAGCAUUGAUCAUUAACAGUUUUGUGAAGUAAUUCUUUGAAUCAGAAGAGUCCACAA